AUCAAUCUCCGGCGACCUUUAUUCAUUGAAGUCUCACGUUGAAUUUAAUUAAAAGUUUAAAAAACUCCUUAUUGACGUCCAAUCAAGUCUCCUUCCGUCCAGCUGCAGCUUAAAGCUUAAAAAACCACCGCACAGUGAGCGCAACAAGUGGAGGCAGGUAAUCAAUUUGUUUGGCUCAAGCCACGCGCGGGGAUUUACUUGGGAGUCUGCUGAUAAGACAGACAAGACAACAGAGAGCGAUGUCAGCGCGGGUGAAUCACAAUCAGCUAGCCUCGCAUAGUGUUUCCCCAGAACAGCGGCCUCUGUAUAUAAGCGCCAGCUGUGCCCACAGCCAUCAUCAGUAAUCAGGAAUAAUCCCUCAAAGCAACAUGCAAAGCAGCAGCAUUUUCAUCCUGGCAGUUGUGGCCAUUGGUGCCUGCGUCGAGGCCAUGCCUCAGCGCUUCCAGACGCUACCUUAUUAUCCAAGACCAACACCGCAACCCCGUCCCAUUCGAGUGCGCCGGCAGGUCCUGGGCGGUUCACUGACAUCUAAUCCGGCAGGUGGCUCUGACGCUCGCCUGGCGCUCAGCAAAGGCAUUGGCACUCCCGAUCACAAUGUCAUUGGACAAGUGUUCGCCGCAGGCAACACACAGAAAGGACCCAUUACCACUGGAGGAUCGGUCGCCUACAACAAUCAUGGACAUGGAUUUGACCUGACCAAGACCCACACCCCUGGCGUACAGGACAGCUUCCAGCAGUCGGCACAUGCCAAUCUUUUCAACAAUGGCAAGCACAACCUGGACGCCAAGGUGUUUGCCUCUCAGAACAAGCUUGCCAACGGCUUUGAGUUCCAGCGGAAUGGCGCUGGCCUGGAUUACUCGCACAUCAAUGGGCACGGCGCCAGCUUGACGCACAGCAACAUUCCCGGCAUUGGCAAGCAAUUGGGUCUGGAUGGACGGGCCAACUUGUGGUCAUCCCAGGAUCGUAAUACUCGCCUAGAUCUGACCGGUACUGCCUCCAAGUGGACUAGCGGACCAAUGAGCGGACAGUCCAACUUUGGCGGUGGACUGGGUCUAACCCAUAUCUUCGGUUAAUUAUGUCAAUUUGCCAUUUACGAAUAUUUAAAUUAUUUAUUUCUUUAAAAAUAAACCAAAAACCAAAAUAAAUUGUAUCUUAAAAAAAUCAGCCUAUUACUUUAGAAUUUUAUUGGGCUGAUAAUCAGAGAUUUAAAAUGAGAGCAGUAGUUCCCAACAAAAAUUCACAGAAGGUUAAUAAAAAACGAAAAAUAGUUUUAAUAAUCUAGAAUUUUAAAAGU